UAAUACAUCUCGAUCCCGGUUCUGCUGAUCAAGUUUUGCCCGGAGCCCAACCCUGGAAAAAUUUCACGAAAUGAAAGAGGGUAGACAGAACACGACAAAGCACGAAAAUAGCCGAUAUUAAGACCCUGAUGGCCUGAUGGUAACUAAUUCAGCUUUAAGUUGUGUUGAGCUUCUGUGUUUGUUUAUUGUGGUCCAAAAGAGGUGCUAGGUAAAUUAUCUAUCUAAAAAUGCGAGAAAAUCGGAGGAAUUUCAAACCAUGAAAUAGACAGUUGAGUUAAUAAAAUGCCGCUGAGAAUUUUAAAAAAUGGAAUUAGUGUGAAUUUGGUCUGUUUAAUUAAGAUAGUACACCUAACCUGCCUAAAAUGAAGUGCAAACAAAAAACUCUGGUGUUUUGUAUAUUUUUCUAUACCUUGUGUUCCUGUGAAAAUGUAUAUAAUCAGACAACGAACAAUAAGGAUAAUGUGGCCAACAUAAAGGGGUUUUACUUGAAAAAUAUUGCCAGUGAACUUGGGAAUGAACUUCAAAGAAUAACAAGCGAGGAGCUUUUUGUGUCCAAUAUUCAGGUGCUAUACAAGGAAUUUAAGUAUGUUAAUGUCUAUCAGGAUAUUGAGAACAUAGUGCAAAUUACAGCAAACAAAAUCAAUGAAAAGCUCAAUGAGUCUUUUCACAUAUUAAAUGAAACCAAAGCUUUUAUUGAGAGCUAUGACAAAAAUUACAGUAGUUUUUUAGAAUCUUAUGUUGUACCAUGUAACAAUAAAGAAGACAAUCCAGAAACUUCAUUACAAAAAUUUCUUCAUGAGCAAAGAGAGAAUGUUAGAAAACAUAAAGAAAGCCUGAAACAAAUUUAUUUUCUGUCCACUCAUGAAAUUGGAAAGCAUACUAAAGCAACAAUAUUCAAUUGUAAGAAACAUGAUCAGUCUACUUUAUGGAAGCUAUAUAUGGAGAGGGUAAAAACAAAACCCAAAAAUGUAAUGCUAUUAGUUGAUCAUGGAGCUACUCUUAACAAUCACCAUUUAGAUAUUAUUAAAGCAAUGGCCAAACAAAUGGUCUCAGUUUUGGACAGUAAUCACAAAAUAGGCGUAAUUAGUAUUUCUGAUGACUGGGGGGCCCCAUACCUUACAGAUCAGUGCUUAAUGCCAAAUCAAAUACCACCCUUCAGUGAUUUUCAACAUAUUAUGUCACCCGCCACAGAUAACAACAAAUAUUUAAUUAACAAAUUCAUAGAUUCCCUCAGGAAAGGAAAUGGUAAGUUUUACAAUUUAAUUCUAUAAUAUUUUAAAAGACAG